AUGGCACAAUCGGAACCUAAUGGAUUGUUUGCGAUGGUGGAACUGAACUACCAAGGGGUAUUUAAUCGAAAUCCUUUCUCUUACACUGGUGGUGUGAAAACCAUGUUCACUGAUGUUGAGUUUUCUUCUAUGACUUAUCAUGAGUCUGUUAACUUCUUCGAACGUUUCAUGCAUGAAGAGUGUAAAAAGUUUUACUAUUGUGAACCAGGAAAUUCCCUGAUGGAAGGGCUUAAUCCCAUUUCAAAUGAUGUGGAAUAUGCUGCUUUUAUUUUUUAUUCUUAUGGAACAGAUGAUAUAAUUUCGGUUUAUGUGGAUCAUAUUGGGGUUGGUGUUGAUGGGUGGCUUGAUGAUGAAGAUAAAGAUGAUGAUGAACAUGAGUCUUAUAUGGAUGGUGAAAAUGAAGACAACAUAGAUGAACUUAGAAAUGUUACCUUUGAAUUUAAUGAGGAUGUAGUGCAUAUGAAUAGGACAUCAAAUGAUCCUUUCUUGAGUAAGUUAUGUGUUGAUGAUGAGGAUGAAAACAACAUUGUAGAUGAUGACAAUCGGAGAGACGUUGAAGUUAACAUACAAACUCAUUCCAUAUUUAAUGAGCUAUUACACUGGAAAAAACAAAAACCAAUUCUUGGGAUGAGAUUUAAGGGUCGAGGGCAAGUAAAAUCAAUGUUGUGUAACUAUGUUGUAGCUAAUGGAUAUCAAUUGUGUUUUGAAAAAAAUGAUAGGACAAGACUUUUGGUGAGGUGUAGCAAGGGUGCUUGCAUAUUUAGAUUAUGGGCUUCCUGGAUGAGUGAUGAAGAGAGUUUCCAAAUCAAGUCACUAAAAGUUGAUCAUAAUUGUGCUAGGAACUUCAAGUUUGGAUCAUUGGUGACAUAUGCAUGGAUUGGGAGUCACUAUACCAAAGAGAUUGUUGAAAGUCAGAAAAUAAGUGUAAGGAAGCUUAGGUUAAAGGUAAUGGCCAAGUUUGGUAUCCAAGUUAGUAUGGGGCAAUGUAGAAGAGCAAAGAAGUAUGCACUGAAACUUGUUAAAGGUAGCCUUGUUGAACAUUAUGGUAAGCUAUGGUCAUAUGGUCAUGAGAAUUCAAGGAAAAAUCUUGGGUCAACUGUGAAACUAGAUAUGGAGGAUGGUCCAGAUGGAAAUAAAUAUUUUAGCAAGUUAUAUUGUUGUUUUCAAGGAGCUAAACAAGGUGUUUGUAAGGGAGAAUUUCUUUGUGCUAUUGGGAGGGAUGCAAAUGAAAAUAUAUAUCCUAUUGCUUGGGCAGUGGUUAAUGUGGAGAACAAGCAAAAUUGGAAGUGUUUUUUAGAGCUUCUCAUUGAUGAUCUAAACUUUAAUUUAGGCAAUGGUUUCAGUUUAAUGUCAGACCAACAUAAGGGUUUGAUAGAGGUUGUUAAAGAGUUGAUGCCAUAUGUAGAGCACAGGCAGUGUGCUAGACAUAUUUGCCAGAAGUUGCAGAAGAGAUUUAUUGGUGCCAUAUUUCAUACCUUGUUUUGGAGAGCAUCUAAAGCCACAACUGAGCAUGCUUUUAAAGUUGUGAUAAAAGAAAUUGAGACAUUGAACCCAGAUGCCCAUCAAUAUCUCAUGGAGAAAGAUCCUAAAACAUGGUCAAGAGCUUUCUUUCAAACUGGAAGGUGUUGUGAUGUAGUUGAAAAUGGGUUCUCAUAA